ACUUGUUUUUGUUCAAACUUUCAAAGUAUCUGGUUUUCAAGUCAUGGCAGAGAGAACAACUGAAGCUCCAGGUCACCCAAUUGCACAGUCGUUCUUUCAUCAUGCACCUUUGAAUGAAAGAAUAUUAUCAUCCAUGACCUGGAAGUCUGUUGCUGCACACCCCUGGCAUGAUCUUGAGAUAGGACCGGGAGCUCCUUCAGUUUUUAAUUGCGUUGUGGAAAUUGGAAAAGGAAGCAAGGUGAAGUAUGAGCUGGACAAGAAAACUGGAUUGAUCAAGGUGGAUCGUGUUUUAUACUCAUCUGUUGUUUAUCCUCACAAUUAUGGAUUCAUUCCCCGCACAUUAUGUGAGGAUGGUGAUCCUAUAGAUGUGUUAGUCCUUAUGCAGGAACCUGUUCUAACUGGAUGCUUCCUUCGAGCUAGAGCGAUUGGUCUAAUGCCUAUGAUUGAUCAGGGAGAAAAAGAUGAUAAGAUAAUAGCUGUGUGCGCCGAUGAUCCUGAGUACCGUCAUUACAAGGAUAUUACUGAGCUUCCUCCACACCGUCUUGCAGAAAUUCGUCGUUUCUUUGAAGAUUACAAGAAAAAUGAAAACAAGGAAGUUGCAGUGGAUGAAUUUCUACCUCCAUGUAAUGCACAGGAAGCAAUCCAGCACUCAAUGGACUUGUAUGCCACAUACAUUAUAGACAGUUUGCGACAAUGAAGAUCCCGUGUGACGUUUGCACCCAGAGGAGGAAGAAUACUCAGCAAUUCAAGUUUAGUGUCAAAUGAAAGGGUAGUUGUUGAUUUUGGUGUUCAAACUGAGCUUUAUAAGUCCAAGUUUUUGUCAAAUAUUUAGGCCUAGUUGUUAUUAUUCGCAACUCUUUUUGUUUGUGGCCUGCAGGCUUAUAAUCCUACAUUUGUGCAGGAUAAACAUUCAGUCAAUAUAAUUGACUGUAGUGCACGAUUGCAAUUCCUAACUUCCUCAAUAUUUGCCAAAAUAACUAAAAUGUCAGUUUAUGUGACAAUAGCGUUAGCGAUAUCCUGGGAAAGUUGGUUGUAAGAAUGCCACAAUGUUACGCGCUUGUGGAAUAUCCUAAAACUCAUGAGUUUUAUCUAUUUUCUUUACUUUAGUGUUA